AUGGAACGUGUGGACGGGGGGGGUCCAUGCGCCGGGGCUGCACGGGGCGGCCACCUUACCAUCGUGAAGUGGACGAGGAGGAAAGGAUGUCCAUGGGACAAGCGGACGUGUGACCUUGCAGCACAGGGCGGGCACCUUAAGGUGUUGAAGUGGGCUAUUGAAAAAGGCUGCGUGUGGGACACCUACACUUUCGCGUUGUUGGCCUGCGGAGGGAACCUUGAGGUUUUGCGCUGGGCACGAGCGAACGGCUGUCCGUGGGAUACACGCUCUUGUUCGAUCGCGGCCGAACGAGGGCACCUCAAGGUUCUGCAAUGGCUGCGCGGAAACGGUUGUCCUUGGGAUGACCAAACCACCAUGAAGGCAGCCGAGUACGGACACCAUGAAGUCUUGAUUUGGGCCCUAGACAACCAUGGCGUAUGGGACUCGCGCAUUCCGCUAAUUGCUGACUCGAACGGCUAUCGCUACAUUUCUCGGUGGGCGCGUGGUUACGAUCGGGCCACUCACAAGCGAAGGUUCAGCUUGAUGUCAAAAUGCGAACCUUGGCUAGGUGUGUAA